AGUAGAGGAGAGCACCUAUCCCCCCUGCGCCGCCACCUCCGAUCGGGAGCCAUGACCUUCAAGCGCAGGAACGGCGGCCGCAACAAGCAUGGCCGCGGCCAUGUCAAGUACAUUCGCUGCUCCAACUGCGCCAAGUGCUGCCCCAAGGACAAGGCCAUCAAGAGGUUCCAGGUGAGGAACAUCGUCGAGCAGGCGGCCAUCAGGGACGUCCAGGAGGCUUGCGUCCAUGACGGUUACGUCCUCCCGAAGCUGUACGCCAAGGUCCACCACUGCGUCUCCUGCGCCAUCCACGCCCACAUCGUCCGUGUCCGCUCCCGCGAGAACCGGAGGGACCGCAGGCCGCCGGAGAGGUUCAGACGCAGGGAGGAUAGGCCUUCUGGACCUCGGCCUGGUGGCCCUGGUGGACCUGGUGCUCCUGCUGCUGGACCUGGUGGUGCCCCAAACGUUGCUCGCCCCUAAACAUCUUUAGUUGCUCCUUGCUACCCUAUGUUAUGUCAUGUUGAUGGCGCCAUGGAUAUCAUCCCCAUGAUCUUUCAUCAGGGCCAAACUCUUUCUUAGAACUACCUUAGUACUUCGUGAUUGGCAGUGUGACAACGGAAGUCUGAAUUUUUGCCCGGUUGUUUAUCCAUUCUAGACCGCCAUAUCGUUACUUUUUUGCAAGUUAUUAUUUAUUCAAAA